AUGGCACCCCAACAGCGGAUGCAGAUCCCUGGGUAUUACUACGAUGAGGAAAAGGGCAAGUACUUCAAAAUCGAAAAGACCACCUCGGCGCCCCAGGGCGCCGCCUGGUCCGCGGACAGCGUCAAGCGCCGCAAGACCCAGCACCGCGAGGCCGAGGCCGUCGCCGCGCGCCGGGAGCGUCUGAAGCGCCACAUUGUCCGCUCCGCCGUGCUGCGGGAUCCGCUCCUCGGCGGCGUUCUCGAUGUCGAGCUCGGCCUCCGGCGCCAGCGGCGGAUGCGCGCCCAUGCGGGCGUGGCUGCCGAGGACGUCCCUGCCGUGGCGUGGGCGAAGGGGCUCGUCGACAAGGGCGAGGUGCCUUUCGUGCCCAGCUUCGCGCGGCAGAGUUUCCCGAAUAUCCCGUGCUUCUAUGUUGGCGGGGAUGAUGUCAAGACGGGGCUUGGUGUUGCAUAUGCCACCUUGGAUGAGGAGACGUUGAUAGGAUCAUACAUCCCCACUGAUGAGAACGAGAGGAUAUCGUUCAGCACCGAUGCCUCGAGCCGCCCGGAGCGCCGCCUGUCGCACCGGCAUGAGAUGAUCGGUUGCCCCCAGAUCUCAUCCAUCAACUACCACCCCCACUCACACCGCAUCAUCGUGACCUCCCGCGAACCUAGCAACACGUGCGACAUUUACCUGUUCUCCCCGCCCAAGUCCGCCUCGAACGACGAUCGUCCUCUCUGGCUGCUCGAUAGAGCGAACCACCUCCGCCACAUCUCCUUCAACACAGGCCGCCGCGAAGGCGUCGUAAACCAAACAACUCCGGCGCCGCCCUCGUCAUCCUCCCUCACCUGCGUCAUCGGCACCUCCUACGGCCUCCUCAAGCUCACCUCGGACGAACGCAUCCACUGGCUGGGCCCGGCCCGCCCGCGGCCGGGUCCCGCCGAGGGCGACUUCUUUGACCAGUCCUUCCUCCCCUCCAACCCCAACGUCCUCCUCGCCGGCGGCCGCAACGGCGACGUCCGGAUGAUUGACAUGCGCGUCAAGUGGUCCGAGUGGGAUAACAUACCCGUCGGGCCCGUGGCGCGCCUGAGGGCUGUAAACCCGCACCAGUUCCUCGCCGCGGGGCCGCGGUCGCGCAUGGCGCUGUUCGACAUCCGCUACCGGAAGCGGAGGCCGAACGGCACGAGGCCGGUGGUGGAGUUUCCGGCGUACCGGAACGGGCCGCACAUGCACAUUGGCUGGGACGUCGACGUCGACGCGGGCGUGGUCGCCGCGGCGCACGACGACGGGCGCGUGGGCAUGUACUCGCUGCUCUCGGGCCGGAGGCUGGGGUGUCCCGCGGUCGACGCCAUCGCGGCUAGGACGCCGGUGCGGAGUUUGCAGUUCCAGACGAUGCCGGGGCGGAGGCAUGCGAGCCUAUUCGCGGGCGUAGGGCCGAACCUGAAGAUGUUUUCGAUCGGGGCACUAGGCGCCGACGACGAGUGCUAG